UAGACAAGCGAGAGGAGGGAGAGAUAGCAGGCAAGGAAUGACGAAAAGGAGGCAGCCCUCUGUGGCCUGUUAGCAUUGAGUGGACCUUAACUGGGAUGAGAGGCCUGGUGAGCUGGAGUCUGACUUUCUGUUAGCUCAAGAGUGCUUGAUGGCUGUUACCCAGGCUGUGCUCCCUUCCUUCAGCUCCUUCUCCAGCCUCUCUCACUUCAGUGACAAUAUGAAAGUGUGUAAGUCUGAUGGGUCUCUCCCUUUAGACUCUCCAAGUACUAAACUGUCACCAAACAGCUCUGAGCAACUGCAGGUCUCUCAACAAAUGACAGAGGAGCUCUUGGAUGAUGACAGCCAAGCAUCUUGGGACAUUGAGUUCCUGUUGUCAGAGUGGAACAGCCCUUCUCCUGACCCCAGUGCCUCUCUCAACAACAGCAACCAACCGCUUCCACAAUAUGACCCGAACAUUGCAUACCAAGAGGCGGGCAUGCUUAAGGACCCAUCAGGACAAGAGAGUCUGCAGAUGAACAGCUGCAGCCUCAUGGCUGAGCUCAUGUCCCCUGCUGAAACCACCACAGUCCAGCCAGAGCUGUACCACCAUGGUUUUAAUGAUGACCAAACAGGUCGGACUUUAUUUCCUAAUGUACAUAAUGUAAAUCAGUUUGACUUCUGCCAAGGAGGAAGUAUGGAAAGACACAGCAGAGGAAGCCUCAGUAAGGUCACAUCAUGGGACUUCAACCCCUACUAUCACCAGCAGCACCAGCAGCAGCAGCAGCACCCUUCUAUGGUGACCAUCCCUGAAAACAGGUUCAUCCCACCUCAGGCUUUGACCCCUGACCCUCGACACUACAGCUACGGGCACCAUUUCAACCACAACGCCAGCCUUUACUGUGACUUCACCCACAGCCAGGGCCAUUUGCCCCUUCACCAGCAGCCCCUGCUGGUUGGACAACAGUUGCCCCCUGGUGGGUUGGAGGGGAAGCGUGGCAGGAGAGCUGCAGGGAAAAAGAAACCAGCCAUGCACAGCUGUCAAUAUCACGGCUGCAGCAAGACCUACACCAAGAGCUCACACCUCAAGGCUCACCUCCGCACCCACACAGGUGAAAAGCCUUAUCACUGUUCAUGGGAGGGCUGCAACUGGAAAUUUGCUCGUUCAGAUGAACUGACGCGUCACUACCGCAAGCACACGGGUCAGAAACCGUACCAGUGUAUGCUCUGUCAGAGGGCCUUCUCCCGCUCAGACCACCUUGCUCUGCAUAUGAAGAGGCACAACUGAAGCUCUCACAUACACACAAAUUUACACCUCUGCCAUUAAGACAAUUAAAUGAAAAAAGUAGACAAUUCUUGUCUGAAUUUAGGACCUCAAAAGUCAGCUGGUGUAGAUGUUUUUGGUAAACUUAAAAAAAAAAAAAACCGAGAUAAGUCUUAUUCAAAACCCUUCAAAAUCCGAAAUGAGUGAUAUCUACCAUUUAAAGAGUGACUGUUAGUGAUUGAUGAACCAGUGGCAUGUGGUGGAAUACUCCACACAUGAUGGACAGAAAACGAUGCAGCAGGCAGCUUGCUGAAGGUGCUGUAGCAAGUUUUUCUCUUUGUCUCUUUCUACCACACACAUUUUAAAUUUGAGGACCUUUACUGGUGUUUUCCUGUCCUUAAAGGGCACCAAUUAUUCUCAUUCUCAACACCAUGUUUUUAUUCUCAAACCCUGCUGAAGCAGCUUUGCAUGAGUCACAGUUCAAAACAAUAUGUCUGUAUCUUAUUACACCGCUUUGGUGCAGCCCCUCACUUUAUCCACUGUCUCAAAGAAGCCAUUUUAGCCCCUCCCUCUUCAAUCCAUCUUUUCCCUGAUUGGAUGCUCCUCAUAAACAGAAAUUUUGAACAGCAGGUGGGUGGGGCUUCUGUGUGCCUAAGAUGAGCAUAUUAGAUAUAUCUAUUCUCUGUGACAUCAUACAGAAAAAAAAAACUCUGAAUCUGAGUGUUUAGAGUCUGAAGGAUUAGGAUUACUCACACAUACACUGACCUCAUACCUUAGCCUUAUUUAAUAUGAAGCUCCACCAUUGUAAUGACAGAAAAUAUUAGAUAGAUAGACCCCUUUAACCAUCACAACUAAGCACCAGAAGAAGACCACAUAUGUACAAUAAGCCUGCUUAAAGUUACAAGAGCCGUACAAACACUGUACACACAGCGGACUUAAACACUAACCAAAGGCCUAAAGGUGUGUGUAACAUUGGUUAGAAUAUGAUGCACAAUAGUGUAUCCAGAACUCACAGCUUACUGAACAAAGCUAUGGAUGCUUAUUAGCAGUGCUUAAUUAUGUCAGCACUGAGAUGAUCUGAUAUAUUUGUCUGUUUCCAUUACGGCUAAAGUAAAAUGAAAUACUGAUGUUGGCAGAUUUUUCUUUCUUUCUUUCUUUCUUUCUUUCUUUCUUCUUUCUUUCUUUCUUUCUUUCUUUCUUUCUUUCUUUCUUUCUUCUUUCUUCUUUCUUUCUUCUUUCUUUCUACUUCCCCUUUUUUGUGCAAGGGAAAUAAAUAAAUCUUCAUUAUGAAUAAACACAAACUUCAUAACUUUUGCUGCUGCAUUGCAGUAUCUUGAAUGAGCACAAAUUUUUAUCUUUGAACUAAAAAAUCUUUUAAACUGGAUUCCAGGCAUCAGGACCACAACCUGAUGUGAUGCAACAGUUAAACAUCAAGCAGUCAGCAUAGAAAUUUUGACCCGUGACCAUGAACUGCUGUAUCCAAAAUGAUAAUAGAAAAAGCCUUAAAUUAUAUGUAAAACAACUAAUAUGGGGUUAUGCUUUUCUUUAAAUAUAUUUUUAUUUAAAAAUAAGGAGGAGAUCAAGGAGAUUUUAAAGCUGUAAAUAAUCAGCAUAUUUCUGAGCUCUCUGUUAUUAUUAAAAAUAAGCAACAUAUUUAUUUUCACAAUCUUUUAUAUCAGCAGAAGAUACUAUAUUAUUUGUAAAGUGUCUUUAUUUCAAAAGACUGCAUUAAGCACUGUUAUUUUAAGAAUUG